AAUUUAAAUAUCAUGUCCUUCUACCAAAUUUACAUAUACAUUGAACCAAAGGUCCCAAAAAUUCCUGCAUUUCGAAUGGCGUAAAAAUCAUGUUCCCAAGUGUGGAUCUCAUGCACAACAGAAUCAAUACUGAGGUCAUUAUCAGGCAAUGCAUGGUCAGUAUUUCCAUGGGCUUGAUCAAUAAUGCUACUCUUCAUGUAAGUUUCUUCGAGUAUCUUAACCGGAGGGUUUCUUUGUAACGGUGACAGCUUUCUGGCUUGU